CCCUGUUUCGGUUCAAGGAAGAUAAACCUUGAAUUUGUUAUAUUCUCUACUAUUACCCUCCACUAAACUUAGAUUUGUCUCUUUAAAUUUGAUUCCAAAGUUUUUAGGAAUAUAUGUGCGGCAUUUGACGCUAAGGGAGGAGCGCUCCAGCGACACGACGGGAGCCGCGGAGGUUUGAGCGAACUGCGGCAGAAAACCAACCAGCGGGUCCUGCUGACAUUUUACCCCAGAAACGUCGGCUUAAACUCGGCUUGAAAGAGCCCGAAGAUGCCGUGGAUGAUGGACAAAGACUCGAGUAGUCGUGGGAAGGUCGAAACCAAGAGAAAAUAGUGAAAAUUACAAGAAAGUUGGCGAUAAUCAUGUGUCAGAAAGUCUAAAUUAUGCGAAUAAAAGUUACAAUUUGGGGGCAAAAGGCGAAAUUGUUGCAGAAAAUGCUUAAUAAUUUGUUUUAUUCAGAAUAACGACAUUAAAUGUGGAAAUGAUAAAACAGUUAAAAGUCCUAAUUAUGAUAUUAAAAUUCAUGAUUAUGAGAUAAUGUGAAUUAUAAUGGGAUUAAAAAGUGGAAAUAACUUUGUUUUUGUUUUAGUUUAUUAGUUUGUUCCCGCGGAGGGAUCUGCUGUCAGUAACGCUGCAGCAUCAGCCGCCUGACAAAAAUAUGAGCGGUAUACGACGUGCGGAGAGCGGAGCGCUACAGCGACACGACGGGAGCCGCGGAGGUUUGAGCGAACAGCAGCAGAAGACCAUCCAGCGACUCCUGCUGACAUUUUCCCCCCCGACACGGCUGCUGAAACACGGCGUCAAAGCGCGCGAAGAUGCCGGGGAUGAUGGACAAAGGCUCGGAGUACCUGGGGAAAGGUCGCUCUAACGGAACCAAGAGUCCGUCCAACGCUUCUAACGGGCAUUUUUCAGACGAGAGCGGCAGCGACGACGAGCACGAUGUGGGGAUGCGGGUUGGAGCGGAUUACCAGGCCAAUAUCCCCGAGUUUGAUCCCGGUUCUACGAAGUACUCUGAUAAAGACAGCGGAGGGAUGCUCGUCUGGUCUCCAUAUCACAACAUCGUCGACUCAAAGUUGGACGAGUACAUCGCCAUUGCCAAAGAGAAACAUGGGUACAACGUGGAGCAGGCUCUGGGCAUGCUCUUCUGGCACAAACACAACAUUGAGAAGUCUCUGGCCGACCUGCCAAACUUCACGCCGUUUCCUGACGAGUGGACGGUGGAGGACAAAGUUUUGUUCGAGCAGGCCUUCAGCUUUCACGGGAAGAGCUUCCACCGCAUCCAGCAGAUGUUACCUGAUAAAUCCAUCUCCAGUUUGGUGAAGUAUUACUACUCCUGGAAGAAGACUCGAUCCAGAACCAGUCUGAUGGACCGACAGGCUCGAAAACUGGCCAAUAGGAGCAACCAGGAUGACAGUGAUGAGGAGAUGGAGGAGGCCAAUCCCAUUGAAGCCAACGACAGCGACUAUGACCCCAACAAGGAAGCCAAGAAAGAGAACCAGGUGGAGCCGGUGGUGCCGGGAUCAAAGAUGGCGUUGGGUCGGCGGGAGCAUCAGACCCUCCAGCACCGACACCACCAGCGCUCCCGCUGCCGCCCCCCUAAAGGCAUGUACCUGACCCAGGAGGACGUUGUGGCAGUGUCCUGCAGCGCCUCCGCCGCCAACACCCUCCUCCGUCAGCUGGACAUGGAGCUGGUGUCCCUCAAGAGACAGGUUCAGAACGCCAAACAGAUGAACAGUGGACUGAAACACAUGCUGGAGUCCGGGAUUGAAGAACUCAGGCUGCCUGAGAGUAACCAGAAGGUUAACGCACGCUGGACCACAGACGAGCAGCUGCUGGCAGUUCAAGGUGUGAGGAAAUACGGCAAAGACUUCCAGGCCAUCGCUGACGUCAUCGGGAACAAGACGGUGGGUCAGGUCAAGAACUUUUUUGUGAACUACCGGCGGAGGUUCAAUCUGGAUGAGGUGCUGCAGGAGUGGGAGGCCGAGCAGGGAACACAAGCACCAAACGGAGACAGCGCCACCUCUGGAGAGGAGGGGAAGAACAGCUCUACUACUCCGUCAGGGAAGAGCACCGAUGAAGAGGAUGAAGAGGGUCAGGUGACCUCUUCUGGUGCAUCUCCGGCUGCCUCCUCCACUUCUUCAGCUCAGAUUCCAGUGACGUCCAGCGCCUCCUCCUCAUCCUCCCUCCACCAGCCCCCUCCCCUCCUGCGGCCCUCCCUCCCCGCCACGCCCUCCCUGCACCGCCAGCCCCCGCCCCUCCAGCAGCAGGCCCGCUUUCUGCAGCCCCGCCCCACCUUGCAGCAGCCCCCGCCUCUCAUCCGCCCCUCCAACCCCCUUCCUCCCCGCCUCAACCCUCGCCCUCCCGCUCCCAUGACCCUCUGCAGCAACCCAGGGGGAUCAGGGCCGAGCUCCACCCAGCAGCCGCCCAGCCUGGCCGUCCACCAAUCAGAACCGACCUCUUCUUCCUCCAUCCACUAACGGACGAUUCACAAACAUCUCUCUCUGCUGUGUUCAGGCACCGUGGGGAAAUCUGACUUCACCUUUAACUACAUCCAAUCAGCUCUUCAGUUCUUAUCACACCAGAGCGUAACAGGAUGGUUAAAGAAAACACGCCAAAGCCUGAGCACUGGCUGGAAACUGGACGCUGUUUGGAGUUUUUAACAGAGCAAACACCCCGAGAACCUGCUGAGUGAGAUUUAACUACAUAGAAAAUGUUCAGUCGUUUUAAACCAGAGCUUUUAUCAUUAGCAAAGAUGUGGCGUCCCACAGGGUUCACUCUUGGAUCCCCUUUGGUUGUCCAUCAGUUUACCUCCACUUUAACACAAUAGUAUUAAAACACAAGCAGAAACUACAAAUGGCAACAAACCUUUAAAAAAAUGACCCUUCAUAGUCCAGCCUCCCCUCUUUAAAAGCCUCAUAAAUGCUCCAGAGGAAGUAAUUUUUUUAAAUUUAAUUCCUGUAUGCACGUUGGAAAAUCCCUUGUCAAUGAAGUAAGGGGAAAAUUUGCAUUUCUUCUGGUAUGAUCAGGUAAAAAAGUUUAGUAGUUAAGAAACCAGACAGCCUGUUCCACAUAUCCUUGGCAUGGAGUUCUGUUGGCAGAAGUAAACGUCUAUACCAUACCGCAGGGGUGUCAAACUCGAUCACAGAAGGGGCCAGAUUCUGAUUUCAGGUCUAACCUGAGGGCCUAACAGGGUCCACUUUUAACCAAACUGUCAACCUCAUUUUCACCAGUAAUAAAUUAUGGAGA